AUGGCUUUUUGGUGCAGUAUCUGUGAAAAGAAGUUUAUAGGAAUAGUCAAUGUUUUCAAAGAUGUUUAUGAGAAAUGUCAGGGAAAGACUUGCCCUGACUGUGGCAAAGUUAGGAGAUUAGGAAUAGUUAAGCAUGUGGAUAAUGUUCCUACUUCUUUUAAAUGUUCCAAGUGUGGUAAAACAACAGCGGGUGCUCUUUUUGACGGUGAUAAAUGUCCGUGGUGUUUUUUAGAAGAGGAGGAAAAAGAAGGCUGUAUUUGUUAUUACAAAAAAUCUCCUUAUUUUUGUUCUUUUUGCCAGCAUCAUCAUCCUGGAAUGCUAAUAUGUGAAGAAUGCUUUAAACUCAGAGAAGAAAUUCAGGGUAAAGGGUGGAAGUACCCCAAGAAAGACUCUAGAGGGGGCAAGAAUGUUUACAUAGUUGACAAAAUUAUUUAUGAUGAUGAAGAACAAAUAGAAAAUGGAAAAAUUUACUUUGGUUAUAAUUCUUGCUAUGUCCCUACUUCUAAUGAACUUGUUUUCGAAGGGAUAGGAGGGAUAAUGGAAAUAUCAGGAGAAGAGGAAAAGUGGUACUGUGCCGUCGAGGGAAUUGAUUGGGAAGAGGUUUUAAUGUUUUAUAAAACUUUGAGAAUAAGUGUAUUUAGCAAAGUAGGGGAAACACCUACAAAGAGAGGAGAAACAGGACAAACCGGAGAUACACAAGAGAUGGAAACAAACGGAAAUCCAGAACAAACUGGCAGUAGAACAGCAGGAACCAGCGGGGAGGAUAAUUUAACCGCCCCCGAGAAAUUUUUGGCUGAUUUGAAUUCUGAUGACCAGAUUAAAAAGAAGUCUGAAAGAGAAACCCCAGAAACUACCACCUCCGAAGAGGACUCUGCUCCUGAUUUAGCGGCUCUCCGAACUGCUGCUAUUGCGGAUAUCAACUCUGCCCUAAUUGAAGCACUUAAAUCAAGUGUACUAGCCCAUAUAGAAGCCCGAAAAAAAGCUAAAAAAACUUCUGAAAAAGUAACUGAUAACCUAAAAAAAGCCCAAGACCCGAAUGCUACCAUUCAUGAUAAAAAAGAAGCAUUGGACGACUUAGACAAAAACGAGGGAGAGGAGGCCUACGAGGAAAAGAAAGAGGAAAUCAAAAAAAAUAAGGAGGAAGUAGCCCGUGCCAACCCGACCGAAUAUCGAGAUAAUUUUCUAGCGUCUCUGCCUAACAAAAUGGUUAAACAUGAACUAACCUUAGAAGAGUUAGAUGCCGAAACCCAAACUUCUAUUACUGAGUUUAAAAACGAAAUCGAUCCCGAAAAAUUAGUCGAAAGAGAGAAUGAAAUCAACCAAAAACUAGGACAACAAGGAGCCACUAAAAAAAUAACUAAUUUAAGAAGUCGAGUUGAAACAGUUUUAAAAAAUGACAAUAAAACUGAAAUUAGUCAGUUAAAAACAGAAAUAAAUAGGUUCAUUGAAAGUAACAAUAUUUAUUGUCAAGUCUAUAAAGACCAAGCCCGAGACUUAUUGAAACAGUUAGAAACAAAUUCACAAAAGCAAAACACGACUAAUCCUUCCGAAAACCAAGAAAUUGUUGAGAAAAUUAAUAAAGAACACGGCGAAGGAACUGCUUAUGUUUUGGGAAGAAGCAAAUUUAAAGACCAACCUACCUUAUCCACUGGAAGUUUUAUUUUAGACCUAGAUAUUGACAAUUUAUUGGUUCUUCAUCCUAAAUACGGCGAACAAGCCUUUAAAUUGAUAAUUGAUUUCAUUCGCGGGGAAGCUGGUCUAAUCGUGGUCGACUCGAUAGCACCCCUGAUACCAACUGAAUUAUUAGGAAACUGGGAAAGACCUCCUAUUGGAGCUCAUGCUAGAAUGCUAAAUAAUGGUUUAAAUCAAAUUGUUAAUGAAAUGACCAACCGGGAGACAACUAUAAUUUUUAUUAAUCAAACUCGAAACAAAAUAUCGACCGGUUUUUUUAUGGGUAAUCCAAAAACUACUACUGGCGGAGUAGCCUUGACUUACUAUUCUAGUUUAAGAAUAGAAUUAAUAAACAAAAGAGAAAAAAUUGAAAAGGACGAAAAAUACAUUGGGUUUAAAAUUGGAGUUCGAGUCGAGAAAAGAAGGCUAAUUUCUUCUCAUCACCCCUCUCUCAAAGACAGUAAUGGAAAAGAGAAUGCGAUUGAUUAUUUAAUCGAAAAUCCAGAUUUAUAUCAGGAAAUUGAAGAAAAGAUAAUUCCGAGUAUUUCAAAAGAGCGUAUGUUGUGCAGUAAAUGUUAUAAGAAAAUCCCAGCAGGAGAAGAAGUUAAUAGGGGAGCCCUAAAAUUUACUUUGUGGAAUAAUUGGGUUCCUCCUUAUGGAAAUCCAAUAGGUGUUGAUAAUAAAAAAUAUAAUGAAAUAAGCGGUGAUCUUGCUGGUAUUAUUGCUGAAGCUUCUAACGAUUCCAUCGCUAUGGCUCGCGAUUUUGCUAACCAAGACGACAAGGAUUUUAUUCGCCGAAAAGACUGGCAUGGAAGGAAAAAAUUGGUGGAGCAUACUUCUAAUGACAGGUAUUGGGGAGAUGGUGGUGGUGGUGAAGAGGGCCUAAAUUUGUUAGGAGAGAUUUUAAUGCAAAUCCGUGAAGAAAUAAUCAAGGAAUUAGGGGAAUGUCCGGAGGAAGAGAUAAUUGAUGAAUCAGAAAUUCCGGAAACUACUGAACCGAAUGAACCAGAAAAUCCUAAACCUACUCCAAAAACUCCAA